ACCGGAGCUGGAGAUGAAAGCACCUUCUCUGGUGAGGUCAGUGACCUUGAGGACUACCAGGAUCCAGCCAGCAGCAGCAGCUUCGCCUCUCCAUCAUACUCAUCCGACACAUCCGACUUUGCAGAUUGUGACAGCGAAGUUAACAGCCUGACAUCGAGCCAAGAAGAUGAGAUGGAGGAGGGCCUCAAGAAACUCAGUGCCCUUGCAAAUGGGAAGUCGAGUGCAAGCCCAUGGGCGCAGAAACUCGAAGAAGAACAGGAGAAGAGGAAGGCGGCCGAAAGAGCUGCUGCAAAGUUGCGCCAGGAGCACGCGCAGCUGGAGCUUGAGCUGCAGCUCAUGAAACAGCAGGCGCGAGCGGAAGCCAAAGCGAAGGAGGUGCCUCCACCUGAUGCUACCCUGGACAGGGCCGAGGAAGUCACCGUUGCCAGAACCGUCGCAUCCAUCUUUGCACGUGUGAUCGCUGCUGACAAAGUGGACAGGCAGUGGCAGGGCGAGGUGGAGCUGCUGCAGAGGAGGAUGGCGCGCAUGGGGCGCAUGGAGGAGGCCAUCGAGCGGCAGUGCCAGCGCGAGCGCGCGGCCAGGGAGACGCUGCAGCGACGGCUGCUGCGCGGCGCUCUGGCGGUCGGGUGCGUCGGCGCUGGAGCAUUCGCAGCGUACAUGGUUGUGCGCUGGCUGCAGUCCCCAGCCAGGUCAGCUCAGCAGGAUCUGGCUGGGCUGCCAGAUGCCUUGUCGAAGGCAGCACUGCCGGGACCCGAAGCUCACAGGUCCGAUGAGUCGUACCACGCUGGGGCGCUGUCUGCGCCUGCCGUGACAGACUCGCUGCCAGAUGUCAGCAGGAGCUAUGUCUCCACUGCUGACCUCCCGCCGCCCCAGAUGAUGUCCACAGCAGAGAUCCUGCAGCGGACGGAUGCGCAUGCCAGAGCAGAGGGGUUGUCGGGCAUGCAGCUGCCUAGCAUGGGGCAGAGCUCUGUCAUGGGUGCAUCCAGUCCACUUGAGCGCAGCUUGGGCCUCGGAUCCCUUGCAGCCUCUGUGUCAGCCUUCCUGAGCCACCUGUUUUAGGAGUCGAGAUUGUGACAGUAAGUAAUUUUGCCUGUGACGGCAGGGCAUGGCCUCUUCGAGAUCAGCGUGUGGAUUGUCUUAGGUCAGGUUAUGGGUUCUUCUGAAGGUCCGAGAUCUUGUGUGUCUUGGGCAUUGUGGGACGUCAGAGAGUACUUUCAGAAUGUUUCUUCAGAUUGGAGUGUGAUCCGUUCCAGCAUUUGACAAACCAGCAGUGGUGUUCAAAUUGAUGGGUUUGUCGCUUGUAUAGAUACAUUUUUGAUGGGUGUACGGAAAUGCGUUGCUAGGAAGCCAAAGAAUAGAAAUUUCUGUGCGUGGGACGGGCUUCCCUUUAUGCCUUGUCAUGGGGUAGAGAAUGAGAAAAUAUGGGUGUCAUGAUGGCUGCCAUUAUUGCUGGGUAGCACUGGCAGUACAGGGCUCAAACAUGAUUAGGAAUUCAGGUUGCUUCAGAAAUAUUGAUGUAUUGCAAGUACCAUAU